AUGACAUUGAAGAUUUGUUUCUAUUUUUCGUACCAUGCAUCAGAUCACACCUGCCUGUCUGAUUCAGCCUCUUCUUCGAUAGACGAGGUUCGGUUAUCACGCACCCUACUGCCCAAACCACGAUACCGACCCUAUCCAGCCGAGGAAACUGAGAUAGCGGCAAGUGUUGGAGAACACUCACUUCUUCAUCCUCGUGGGACAUUCGAGGCUCGGGGUAGGCCUAGGGCUCUUUGCCGCCCUAUGGCCUCUACAAGUGAUCCUGAGGGCAGUUCUGAGAGCAUCUCAUCUGCCCUAAGGAUGCUCGUCCAUCAUCAGCACCGACAAAAGAAUCGGCCACCUGAUUAUAGCCACCAAAUGUGGAGCCAGGAGGCAGCAUCCAACCCUUUGCAAGCAUUCAGCAGGGAAGCCCAAGUGGAUUGGCCUCAGUCUACACAACGUGUUGGACGUGAGGCAUCACACAUCAAAGCGAGUCCACAAUCCGAGCACAUGUAA